ACCCAGUAGUUCAAUAUCAGCUCCAUAUAUUUUAUUGGAAAUCAUUUAUUUGAUCGAAAUGAGAAGUGCGUUGUUUUACUUGUGUAUCGUAUCGGCAUUGAUUUGCUUGGCUAGCACUCAACGAAACCUAACAGGAGAAUUCCGCAGAGCACAUCAAGCGUGCCAGGCCCAUUCUUCCACUCGCAUAGAUGAAGACCUGAUGGACAGAGCAGCAGCUGGUCAACCCGUAGAUGAAUACAAACUGGGGAAUCACCUCUUCUGCAUGUACCUGGAUAUGGGCAUCAUGUCAAGAGACAAGUCCAUCAACAGGGUGAAUCUGAGAAGACAGUUGAGGAAGCCUGUUCGAGAUGAAGCCGUUAUAGAAAGGAUCGUGCGGAAUUGCGUGCCAUCUGGGGUUCACCAUGGAACGUCGCAACAGAUAGCAGCGGAACUUUUCAGAUGUGUUCGGAGAAAUCUGCCAAGUGUCAGCUCAUGA